CGCAGGGCUAAGCGGCGGACGCGGAGGCAAGAGCGCGCGGCCAGCCGAAAGGGCCAUGCGCCGCCGCCUCUGGCUGGGUCUGGCCUGGCUGCUGCUGGCCCGAGCACCCGGCGCCGCGGGGACCCCGAGCGCAUCGCGCAGACCGCGCAGCUACCCGCAUCUGGAGGGCGACGUGCGCUGGCGGCGGCUCUUCUCCUCCACCCACUUCUUCCUGCGCGUGGACCCCAGCGGCCGCGUGCUGGGGACCCGCUGGCGCGAUGGCCAAGACAGCGUGGUUGAGAUCCGUUCGGUCCGCGUGGGCGCUGUGGCCAUCAAGGCCGUGCACUCAGGCUUCUACGUGGCCAUGAACCGCAGGGGCCGCCUGUAUGGGUCGCGGGCCUACUCUGUGGACUGUAGGUUCCUGGAGCGCAUCGAGGAGAACGGAUACAACACCUACGCCUCGCUGCGCUGGCGCCACCGGGGCCGGCCCAUGUUCCUGGCACUGGACGGACGCGGGGCCCCCCGGCGAGGCAGCCGGACGUGGCGGCACCAGCUGUCCACCCACUUCCUCCCUGUGCUGGUCUCCUGAGGGUCGCGCUGCAUGCGGGUCCGGAGCUGGGCAGCGAGUGAGGGGCUACCUGUCCUUCUACUCAUUCCCAUCUUAAGCUUUAAUAGGUCUCUACUGUGUGCCAGGCACUAGGGGCACAAAGAGGUCCCCCACAGCAAGGCGCGGCCUUGGGGAGCUGCCUCUGGGGGCGGCAGAAGCCAGUUAUACCCGUGUGUCGGGAGGAGGGGCUGAAGGUCAAGGCCAGCGUCAGAUCUGGGAAGGCUCCUGGAACCACAGUGGACGUAGCUUGGGGGCAGGGACACACCAGAGUCGGAGAGCGCUGGGGACAGGGUGUCAGGAGGACGCGGGUGUGCAAGCUGCCAAGGCAGAGGACACGGGGCCCGGGAACCGUGAGACAGUGAUGGAGGCUGCACCCAUGAGGUGAGCCAGGCCACAGCCACCUCCCAAUGCUGAGCCGGAGGAUGCCUCACAUGGACAAAGAGACUGCGGAUGGGAAGGGAUGGACCCUGAGGGGGGCCAUCCUGACCACCCGGGACCAGUGUUCCCCAGGGUUCCCCGAGAGGGCAUGGGAGGGGGAGGCUGACGACGCAGUGCUGCUGGCUCUGCAGAGGGAGGAAGGGGCCUCGAGCUGAGGGCUGCGGGCUGGGGCGGGAGCCCCCGGGGAGAACAGCCCUGGGAGGCCCCAGAAAGUUGGGUAAUAAACAUUACAAACCA